AUGCCCUCAGAAAAACCAGAGAUCCCCUCAGCAGUACCAAAGCUCCCCUUAGAAGAAAUACAGCUCACAUCUCGCUCGGGAGAACCAGAUCUCCCUCAAGAGAACCAGAUCUCCCUCAGGAGAACCAGAGCUCCUCAAGAGAACCAGAGCUCCUUCGGGAGAACUAGAUCUCCCUCAGGAGAACCAGAGCUCUUCAAGAGAACCAGAGAUCCCUCGGGAGAACCAGAGCUCAUUCAGGAGAACCAGAGUUCCUCAAGAGAACCAGAGCUUCCUCAGGAGAAUAGAGCUCCCUCGGGAGAUCCAGAGUUCCCAUGGGAACACCAGAGCUCCCUCAGGAGAACCAGAGCUCCCUCAAGAGAACCUGAGCUCCCUUGGGAGAACCAGAGCUCGCUCGGGAGAACCAGAUCUCCCUCAGGAGAACCAGAGCUCCUCAAGAGAACCAGAGCUCCUUCGGGAGAACUAGAUCUCCCUCAGGAGAACCAGAGCUCUUCAAGAGAACCAGAGCUCCCUCGGGAGAACCAGAGCUCAUUCAGGAGAACCAGAGCUCCUCAAGAGAACCAGAGCUCCCUCGGGAGAACCAGAGCUCCUCAAGAGAAUCAGAGCUCCCUUGGGAGAACCAGAGCUCCCUCAAGAGAGCCAGAGCUCUCUCAGGAGAACCAGAGCUCCCUUAGGAAAACUUGA